AUGAAAGAUCGGAACUGGAGCCCCGUGGGAGGUCGCCGGAGGGGACUGAGGUCGUUCACCGCCCGGCUGACUCUUCGGAUCCUCGCCGUUGCGUCCAUCAUCGUCAUGUACCACGUCCUCGAGCUGCACUUUCGAUAUCGAGAGGACAUGCGCCUCAAGUACCUGCCGACCGUGUUCGGCAACCUGUCGGAGCACGAUGAAGCGGUCCUCACCAGCACGGAGUGGCAACCCAACGCGGACAUGACGAACACGGAGCGCCGCGCCUUGCUCGACAACAGGCGGCACUGGAAGAGGCUCGGAAAGGGCCACGAAGGGGAGACGUUCACCUUCAACAACACCGUCAUCAAGGUCUACGAUGAGGAGUCGAGCCCGUUCCGCAACUGCAUGAUGGACACGGGCGGACCGCCGAGAAGGUGGCCGACAGAGAUACCGGCCAGUCUGGUGAUGGGAGGACACGAGGGCAGCUCACCACCGCCCGGCGACGGUCCGAACAAAGAAAUGUUCGUCCCCGUCAAGGACUACUUUCUAGCCGCCGCCGCCGCAGACCCGCUCCUGCCACCAAAGUGGCACCUCGUCACGCCGUUCCUCAAGUCGGGCACCCUCAAGAACCUGGCCAAGAAGCUGCGCGCCUCCGGAGCCGCCGGCAUCGGCCCGACCUCGCACCGCGAGCUCGACCGCGCGUUCCGGCCGUCCUUCGAGUCCCUCCUCGCGGCCCUCGCCGACCUGCACGCGGCCCAAAACCUCUGCCACGACGACGUCAAGCUCGACAACGUCUUUGUCGGCUCCGACAGCGACCUGGGCCGGUGGAAGCUCGGCGACCUCGGCAACGCCCGCGAGCCCGACCAUCCGUACCACGCCACGGCGCUCUGGACGGCCGACACUCCCCAGCUGCGCGACUGCCGCGCCAACGACGCGCUCCGCCUCACGCGGGUGUACCUCCAGUUCCUCCGCCGCGCGGGCAGCGACCCGGGCGCCUUCGACGAGGCGCUGUUCCGGGGCGUCGAGGCGUUCAGCAGGCUGUACUGGGCCGUCGCCCGCGCCGCGCCCGCGGCGGUCCCGGCCACGGCGUCGCAGAUCGCGCUGCUGUCGCGCGCCUACCCACCGCCGCCGCCGACGGGGCGGGAUGGGGAGGAGCCGUCGUCGUCGUUGUCGUCAUCGUGGAUAACCAAGCAGCAGACGCCGGCCGACGUCGGGGGGUCCCGCGGCUGGGCCCCGGCCGCCGCCGAGGCCGUCUUCGGGUGGAGGUGGUCGCUGGCGAGCGCGGUCGAGAGGGAGCUACGGGUCGGUGCCAAGGAGAAAGCGGGCAAGUUUUGGGGGGCGACGUGGCUCCUGGGGAUCCCCGUGGGCGCGUGCCAAGCUGCUUGA